UUAACGGGUCAAAUUUAAUCGAAUGCAGUAACAAGAUAAAAAAAUUAUAAAAAUUACGCUUUUAAAAAUCAAUGAACUGUGAUAAAUUUAUUUUCCAAACAAAAGAAUAAUUGGGAAAUAUUUGUUAGAAAGUUUUUACUACUAAUUUUUACAACUGUGAUAAAUUUGCUCAGGGGUGGUUAUUGCGAUUUGCCAGUCUUUCUUGUCGUAAUUAUAGUCCAAGUUGAAGGAGGCUGAUCUUUGGACAGCAGAGUGACGAACGGGGUUUUGGUGUAAUACACUUGGGGAGUUCUGCGAAACACGAGAUCUAGAAGACAUACAUACACACGCACACAGAUCUUGCAUAAUGAAAAUUUGGACGUCAGAACACACAUUCAACCACCCAUGGGAGACGGUGGCUCAAGCAGCGUGGCGUAAAUAUCCCAACCCCAUGACACCGUCCAUCAUUGGCACCGAUGUUGUUGAACGCAAAGUUGUCGAUGGUGUCUUGCACACACAUCGUCUGGUGCAAUCCAAAUGGUAUCUUCCCAAAUGGACACAUAAAAUAAUUGGCACAGCCAAAUCGUGCUUUGCCAGCGAACGUUCAGUGGUGGAUCCCUCGAAACGACAAAUGAUUUUGAAGACUGUAAAUUUGACAUUCUGCCGACACAUAUCGGUGGACGAAAUCAUUUACUACGAACCACAUCCCAAAGAUCCCACAAAAACAUUGCUAAGACAAGAGGCUUCAGUAACGGUACAUGGCGUUCCCCUUUCACACUACAUGGAGGAUAUGGUAACUUCAAACAUUAGCAUGAACGCGGGCAAAGGUCGCCUCGGCUUGGAAUGGGUUAUAGGUAGAAUAAAUGCCGAGGUAAAAGGUAUCGCCGAGACAGCAGCCAAGAGCACAGAUGAUUUGAUAAUGACCACACGGCGCUCCCUGGACGAUAUGACCGAAAGUGCACGUAAGAGUAUGGAUGAAAUUAGCGCGCAGGCCGCCAAGCACAUGCACAUUUAAAAAUCACAAGCAGAGCGAAGAAAAAAGCAGUGCCCAUUUCAAAAACCCAAUUGCUGUCUAAGGCAACGGCAGGCAGCAGCAGGAGUAUUACCGAUUGUUUACACGUACUGCACUGAUUAGGAUUAGAUUACAUUGUGAGAAAAGUUAAGGAAGUGUCCAUGAUGUAAGUUAAGUGGAAUAAAUGAAAAAGAUAGUACAACUUUUUGCGAAAUGUAGUCAAAUUGGAAACCCUCCUUCUAACAAACAGAACAUUUCGCAAAAACAUUAACAAAAAACCGUUGCUGUGUGGCCUCUGUUUCGAUGUUUGUUUUCCUUUUUUCUCAUUCUUUAUUUUGUAAUGUUUACAACAAUGUAUUAAACUGGUAGUUUUUCUUCUUUGCGAACACUAUGUUUAUGUUUUUAAUGAUGACAUUUUCGAAAUACAGUAAAAAAAAGAAACUUUCCACUCAAGGCUUUUUCUUCAGAAAACUUAAAAAAAGAAACAUCUUCCUAGAAUACUAUUUAUUGUUAGUCUAAAAUAGAGUCGCCAUUUCCCUAAAUUUGAAAAAAAAUGCCAAUGGCUAGCUAUAUGCUAGCUAUGAUGCCGCAGCCAAUUGUCUCAUGCCCAACUCUCAACAUGGAGGUGUUUUGUAUUUUAUCAGUAAUCAUAAUGAAUAAAAAGUAUAUUUACCAAUUUUAAUGCUAAGUUAUUACCUACAUAUAUGAAGAUGAAUUGUUUAUAUACCUACACAUAUACUACAGUAUGAUGAUGAAAUGAAAAAACGAAACAAAAUUCAAAAUUGUGCGAUAAAUACCAUAAUACAUAACACCGAUUUCUGAAAACUAAAAAUAAAAGAAAUAUAGUUUUCCGUAAAAAAAAAAACAA